AUGGUAAUCGGAGGUCAUUUGUAUGCGACCGGGUACUAUCUCUAUGGUACCUGGGUAGUACCUGAUCGGUAUCUGGAUGCUACCGGGUAUGUACCUGAAAUUCGCGAGUUUGCCACUGGCUGGUACAUCGGUCGUUUUUAUACCAUCAGUGUUUUUUUACACCUUCCCAAGCCUUUCAGGGUCUUAUUGGAUAAAGCUGAAACAAAAAACAACGAUCCGGGAAGCAAUUCCAGACUUUCCGGGAGCAAUUGCGAAUGUCAGGUAGCUACCCGGUAGCUACUUGCAUCGACCUCCGACCCAGGUACAUAGAGAUAGUACCCGGUCGCAUACAAACGACCACCCAUUACCAUACGCCGAUUGACUUUUUCAAAAGUUGCUACCCGGUAGAUAUUUGUAUCGACUUCCCGAUUCACCUUUGUGGAAAAUGGGAUCUUUGA